AUGCGCUGGACUCGCUCGAGAAAGUCCACGUCUCUCUUGUUCUGGGGAGCCCAGAAAUGGGCACAGAGCUCCACAUGUGGCUUCACUAGCGCUAAGCAGAGAGGAAGGAUCACCUCCCUUGACCUGCUGGCAGCCCAGGAUAUUGUUGAUCACCUUUGCCAUGAGGUUGCGUUGCUGGCUCAUGGCCGGAUCCACCAGGAUCCUCAGGUCCUUCCCUAUGGAGCUGUCUUCCAGCCGGUCGGGCCCCCAGCAUACUUGCUGAGGAAACCUAAUCCCACCAUUCAGGUUGUUAAUGAAGGUGUUGAACAGUACUGGCCCCGGUAUCAACCCCUGGGAUAUUUGCGAGUGACCUGCCUCCUGGUGAACGUGGUGCGGCUGAUCACAAGCCUCUGGGCCCAGCCAUUCAGCCAGUUUUCAGUCCACCUCACUGUCCACGUACCUGGGCCGUGCUUUGUCAGCUUCUUUAUGAGGAUGUUACAGAAGCCCGUGGUUAUCGAGAGUGGCCUUACAGUGGUAUCAGCCAGCACCCUUAGCUCUUGUGGGUGCAACCUGACGGGCCUCAGUCGACUUACGUAUGUCCAGUUUGGUUUAAAUGCUUCUCUGCUUGGUCCUCCUCCAAGGAGCGUUCGCCCAGGGACUUUGAAUUUGGUUGUGACAUUUCGUGAUGAUGAUGUCCACCAGCUGGAAUUCACCACAUACAAGGAUCUUAUUUAUAUCUCUUCUGCGACGGAACGUCCUUGGCUUGAAAGCAGCCCUAAAGCUUCCCCGUCCCUCCAGCUUUCAAUGGGAAACACCAGGCCGCCGGGAGGUUACCUUGUGCCCGCUGAAUUUGCAAACGCCGUGCAGGAUGUCUCUCUCUUGUCCCAUUUCCAAACUCCAGGACUGCAGGUUGUCACCCUGAGCAGCCUGGAGAGUUCACCAGCAGAGACACAGCGAGAACCUGCGGUCAGCAGCAGCGCUCAGGCCUACCUGAGCUACGGCGGGGGCAACAUGGGCGGUAGCUCCCCUCAAGAAGAGAAACAAGCUGCUUUCAUAGCCAAUACUAGCAUCUCUCCCAAAACCAUGAGCUCCUUGGUGGCAGGUGCUGAGGACAAUGGCUUUUUGACACAAAACUUUCUUGCAGCGGCCUCUGGACACGGUAGCCAGAACAGUGCAGUUCAGCAGCAGCAUGGAGGGAACAUACAUGCUCAACCGCCUCUUCCAGAGAAAAAGAGGUCCUCUGAAGGAGACCGUUCCUUUGCCUCCGUGUCACCUUCUUCAAGUGGCUUUUCGAGCCCCCACAGUGGAAGCACGAUCAGUAUCCCCUUCCCAAAUGUCCUCCCGGAUUUCUCAAAAAUGUUAAGCACUUCCCCCGUGCCAGAAAACACGACUGAUAAACAUGUGACCGUAAAAUUUGUCCAGGACACAUCCAAGUUCUGGUAUAAGCCAGAUAUUUCAAGAGAACAAGCCAUUGCUGUUCUCAAGGACAAGGAACCUGGGUCAUUCAUCGUUCGAGACAGUCAUUCUUUCCGGGGAGCCUACGGGCUGGCGAUGAAAGUUGCUACGCCGCCUCCUUCUGUGCUGCAGUUGAACAAGAAAGUUGGAGAUUUGUCAAAUGAACUUGUAAGGCAUUUUCUGAUUGAAUGCACUCACAAGGGAGUGCGCUUGAAAGGAUGCCCAAAUGAACCGUAUUUUGGGAGUUUGACAGCUCUGGUGUAUCAGCAUUCCAUCACUCCACUGGCAUUGCCCUGCAAGCUCCUCAUCCCAGACAGAGAUCCCUUGGAGGAGAUAGCAGAAACUUCUCCACAGACUGCGGCAAACUCGGCAGCGGAGCUUCUCAAACAGGGUGCAGCGUGUAACGUUUGGUACCUGAAUUCGGUGGAGAUGGAGUCCCUGACGGGCUACCAGGCGGUACAGAAAGCCUUGAGCCUGACGCUGAUGCAGGAUCCUUCUCCCACGUCAACCGUUGUCCAUUUCAAGGUGUCUGCGCAGGGAAUCACGCUGACAGAUAAUCAACGAAA